GACGGACUUGAAACUAUGAUGCCACAUGAAUUGGGUCUGCAAAAUGUUCUUGCCUGUGAGAUUGCCUGCAUCGACAUCACGCCCUUCAGUAAAUCAAAAUCUGCUGAUAGUUCUAUCGCUGCUGGAGACACAUUAGAUGAUGUGGAGCCUGAAUAUGCCGCCGUGGGUCUUUGGCUAGGUCACGGGGUUUGCCUUCUGAAGCUUCCUUCACUGGAACAGGUCUUCAAUGACCCUCUUCCGAAGGAAAUUCGCUCCACUGGUGCUGUAAUUCUCCCUCGUUCUAUUGCCAUUGCUCAAUUUGAUGAACUACUUUAUUUAUUCUGUGUAUCGGGGGACGGCACUCUGUUCUACUACAAUGUGGAUUACUCCGAUGGUAAAAUUAGUCUCCGUGAUCGCAAGAGCAUGAAGAUCGGCUCAACUUGUCAGGUGCGUCUAGUUCAAUGGAAUUCACGAGGCAAGCGCUACGUUUUCUUGUGCUCCAAUCGACCCUACAUUAUCUACGAAAAUCGCCACAAGCUCGUCUUUGCCAAUGUGAAUAUUAAAGAUAUCUCCUACAUGGCUCCUCUCAACAAUAGUCAGCCUAAUCAAGCGAACGCUAGAGGCUGGGGUCCUGUAAUCUCUGGAUCUCGAAUCUGUAUGAUAACACCGAAAGGUGUUACCAUAGGUUCCGUUGAUUGUUUGCAGAAAUUGCAUGUACGCAAAAUUCCUAUUUAUGAGACACCUCGUCGCAUAGUUUUGCAAGAGGAUACAUCUUCUAUUGGUGUGCUUACAAUGCGCCAGGAAGUGGUAUCCGGUGAGGGGCAUAUCAUGUCACUUCUACCUUCUGCAUCCUCAGAUAAAUCUGGAAGGAUACCUCAGACCAACUGCGUGAUGCCAAAAAUGGAUACGAAGAAAAAGUUUACUCAUUUGGACUUAUUUAGCCUCCUGAUAUUCUGCCAUUCCACUUGGGAAUUAAAGCACAUUUAUCGGCUCGCUUACAGUCCAGAGUGCUAUGAAGCGGGCAUGUCUCUGUGUUCAAGUAGUUUGGGCCAAGAAAGUGGCUCUCUCUAUGUUCUGGGCACGGCUUUUGUUAUACUAGAUGAGCUUGAAUCGAAGAAGGGUCGCAUUCACAUUCUUCGCUGGGAUCCGAAGGUGGAGGAGUUGCAGCAAAUAGGCAUCUUCGAAGUUCUCGGCUCUCCUAAUAUAAUUCGUGAUUUCAAUGGUCGUCUAGUUGCUGGUAUUGGGAGCUCUGUACGAAUUUAUAAUUUCUCUGAGAAUAAAUUGACUCAAGAGUCGGUCAAUAAUGAGAAUAUUGUGACUUUGUAUUUGCGUACGCACAAAGACUAUAUUUUGGUAGGCGAUAUAAUGCGAUCUUGCACCUUACUAAAAUUCAAGGCAGAGCAAAGCUCAUUAGAAGUGAUUGCCCGUCACAAUUGUCCUCGCUAUAUCUCCGCAUUGGAAAUGUUCGAUGAAGAUCACUUCAUCACAGCGGAUAUGGAGGGCAAUGUACAACUCAUGGGUCGCUAUCAGACUGUCAGUUUGGAAGAGCCUGUUGUACCUACAAUACGGACUGUGUUGCCUAUGCCUAGGAAAGCUUCUUCUCCUUCUCCACGUUCUCCUGCUGAAACUACCCCCGGUACAAGCACUUCUUCCGCGUCUCGCCCUCAAACUCGUGCUUCGCUUUUUGAGCCAGAUGUUGAACAAUUACCUCCCUCUAGCUUGCUUGACCUCACUCCAAGAUGCACGGCUUUCACUGAAAAGUCGCUGGUGGAUCAUGCCUUCAUGAAUACUGGCCAAUCGAUAAACAUUUUUGUUAAGGGUAACAUGACCACACUGUCUGCGGAGCACUGGGAUUCUAUUGGCACAACCCACACUCUUUACGCGUCAACUACCGGUUGCUUGGGCAUGAUGGUGAAUAUCUCGCCAAUUCUCUUUGUUUUCCUGAAGGAAGUAGAGGAAAGGAUGAAGAGCCUUAUUCGGCCCUUUGGUGGACUUAGUCAGGAGGUAUAUCGCGCAUGCAGAGACUGUCUUUCGAACUUCGUAACUUCUAAGAACAUUAUUGACGGUGAACUGAUCGAAACUUUCCUUGAGCUGAAUAGGGAAGACAAGGAGAAGAUUGUUAAGGGACUGCAAAUUCCCGUAACUGAGGAUGCCUUCGGUGGAUUUGACGAUACCUCCUACAAUAGAAUGGUCCCAACGAAGAAUUGUACUGUCGGUGAUCUAACUCGGGUGGUUGAGGAGUUGGCUGGUUUGCAUUAA